CGUGUCAUCAUACCAUCACCUUCUUGCAUUGCGACCAUCUCAUCUACCAAGCAGGUGAAGCAAAAGACUAGGAAACAUACCGACAAAAAAGGAAAAGGAAGUUCAGAUGCGUAACAACGACCGAUGGAUCUCCUUUUUAGCAUGGUUUCUCAUUGGUUUCAUCAGUAUUACAUCCCAGCUCUUUGUCUUUUUGCCCUGGCUAUUCGGCUCAUAUGAGGCUCACGGGACAUUUAACCGCAUCAAAGAUGUAGUAAAUCAUAUUGAGUACCUGAACAACACAAUUAACGGGGGUGAGGUCCCCUUGAGACACGAUUCACAGUCAGAUGUCGGUGUCAGUAGCGCAUCAGACCUUCCUUUUAUCUUUGGAUACUUGGUCUUCUUAUGGACAAAUAUGAACGUUCGGGCCUUGUAUUACUUGGUCCCAUUCAACUUUUCAUUGGGAAUGCUCUGCUGGAACUAUUACUUGACCAUGAUAACUAAUCCAGGAUCCCCUCCGCUUGACUGGAAUCCACCUGCAGAUGGAUCAGGAAUUGAAUAUAAGCGAUCGACUCAUACGCCAAGAUACUGUAGUAGUUGUGAUGCAUAUAAACCUCCACGGACGCAUCAUUGCAGGAUAUGCAAAAAGUGUAUCCUCAAAAUGGAUCAUCAUUGUCCCUGGGUCCAUAACUGUGUUGGAUACUUCAACUAUGGACAUUUUGUGCGCUUUAUCAUCUGGACUACGAUUUCAACAUUUAUGUGCGCCACCAUGCUGAUAUUUCGAUGCAUGGAAGCAUAUGAAAACGAGACGCUGGGCAUCAGACAUAACUUGCCCAGCCCGGAAAAGAUUAUCUUUAUCGUGGUUCUUCUAGCCCUGGAUUGUGGUGUCUUUUUGGGGAUCAGCUUAUUGACAACAUACCAUCUCUGGUGUAUAUCCUGCAAUACCACCACAAUCGAAAGCUGGGGAAAGGAUCGUAUGCUCACCAUCAUUCGACGUGGCAAGAUCAGAGACAUGAAAUGCCCUUAUAACCAAGGAGUUUUGACCAACUUCCAAGAAGUUCUUGGACAUAACCCGCUCCUAUGGUUAUGGCCGAAGCCAAUGCUCGGAGAUGGGCUACGGUUCAAAAUAAGGACCGAAAAGAAAAAAAGCAACAUGUUUUUUAAGUCUAGAAGGUUCUCAGAGGAUGAAGACGAGGACAGUGGUGAGGACAACACAAACCCUACUGGAUCUUCUUCUUCAUCGAGGCAGCAUCUUUGGUUCCGUCCGUUUGAUGGAACGCCGCAACAUAAGAAUGAUGAGAUGGCCGAAAUGGUAUAAAAUAUCAGGUAUCGCAAAGCGCUUCUUCUAAGUAAUGUACAGUACAAUAAGGAGGAACAAGUAUUCUCUCCUUUAAUAAAUCAUUUUUCUCUGGAUUUCAUUCCAAGACUGCAC